CUCUUAGGAUCAAAUGCUUUGUGUUUGGCAAUGGCUCAGCUAAUUCCUAUGGGCAAGCCAGCUGUUUUUGCAGGUUUUCAGAAUUCUCAUGGUAAAUUCAGUGGCUGUCCCCAAUGAGGUAAAGUAACCUGCUGUACCCAUAUCUUCAGGAUUAUUUGCAUCAAAAGUUAAUGCUGAAAACAAUUGAUGUUGUUGUUAGUUUAGAUUUCCUGCCGAUGAAAAUCAAAUAGGAAAGGAUGAGAAAAAUCUACAUACAUCUUAGUAUGGAGAUCAGACUUUUAAACAGUUCAAUCCAGUAAAAGUGGAUCUUUAGUUUAUGUUUUCAUUUCCUUUUGUAAAAAUUGCAUUGUUGACAACCAUUUUAGUGACUUUCUGAAGCCAUUGCAGGUUGUAAUAACCCUGAUUUACCAGUUACCAAAGAGCUUGUUUUCAGCUUGUAGUUACAGUCCGGCAGGUGAAUCUCCUCAUAGUACUGGAUGGCUACGCCAUCGGAAGAGACAGAUAUCCGGAACCAAGUUGCAAUCGAAAUCCCGGCAGCGUCUUAUGAUGCUCUUGUGAUUCCACUGAAAGAAAAGAUGGAGACAAUGUCUACUGCAAGUUGUAUCUGCAGAGUCAGUAAGAAGCUCCUGGAGAAAAAUGAAAACCAAUACAUCCCUCAGACGAUUUCCAUCGGUCCUUUCCAUCAGGGUAAGAACAAUUUGAAAACCAUGGAAGAGCAUAAGUGGCGUUAUCUAUACUCUCUCCUGAAUCGAAAACCUCAUCUGGAACCGACCCUGGACAAAUGUGUGAAGACUUUGAGGGAGCUAGAGCACAAAGCAAGACUGUUCUAUGAAGAUCAUGAACAGAUCAAACUGUCGAGCAAUGAAUUCGUGGAGCUCAUGUUGGUCGAUGCCGGUUUCCUCAUCGAGCUCUUCCUUAAGUAUGCUAUAAAGGGUCUAAAACGCCGUGGUGAUUAUGUGUUUAACACGUCAGGACUACUGUACGAGUUGAGGUGUGAGAUGUUAUUGCUAGAAAACCAGAUUCCUUAUUUCAUUCUUCAACGAUUGUUCGAAAUCGUACCGAUUCCUGAACAGUGCAAACUGUCCCUCACCGAACUUGCCUUCCGUUUCUUUAGAAACAUGAUUCCAGGGGAUCACAGACUUCAUCUGGCGAAAUUCGGGCAAGAAGGAAACCAUUUGCUUGACUUAAUCCGGUACUGUUUCCUCCCAACAUUUCCACGGGUCAAAGCAAAGCAAGGAGGACAAAGAGGUUUACCUCAUAAGGCAACUGGGCUCAAAGCCGCUGGAAUUAAGCUCAAGAAGGUUACAACGGAGGACUUACUAGACAUAAAAUUUGUCAGAGGUGUCCUCGAAAUUCCACCUGUAGAAGUCCAUCAGUACACAGAAAGGCUCUUCAGGAAUCUCAUUGCUUUUGAGCAGUCUCGUUCUGAUCAAAGCACGCCGCACAUCUCAUCGUAUGUGCUUCUGAUGAAAAGCCUGCUCCAGGACGAAAAAGAUGCGAAACUACUGAAAAGAAAUCAAAUCCUGGCCAACUACGAUGUCAUUGACAGAAAGCAGGUCAGCACGUUGUUUCUUAGGCUAGGGGAGGAGAUGUAUGUGAUGGAGAAUGUGAACGAUUUCUACUAUGACGGCCUCUGUGAGCAAGUGAAAGACUAUAAGAAAGGCAGUUGGCAGCGACGAUGGAAUUGGAAGCCAACGGAGCGUAGAUAUCUCCAACACCCUGUGCCUCGUAUUGUGGUUGUCAUUGCAGUUUUCCUCAUCCUCCUCAUCUUGGUUGGAGCUUUGUUCUCCAUAGUCUCCUUUUUUGUUCACAGAUUUUAGGAAAAAAUUUCAUCAGGACGCAGGCAAAAACCAGAAGGAAACCCGAAGCACCUUUAUUCUUUUUAGUUUAGAUCAUUUACAUAUGCAAUUUGAUAUUAAUGUAUACAGGAGCAACUUUUCCUGAUUAUCCAAAUUCCACACCUUUUUCAUUUCUUCUCCUCUUGUUUUCUGAGGACCACUUGCCAAGUUGCCAAGCCCCAUUUUGUAUUAGUUAAUACUUAUUAGCUAAGAUCUGUCUUACUUUUAAA